GAAUCUCUCUCUAUUCUAGUAACUGAUGAAUGACUAUUCUAUUCUAUUGGCAUUUAGCUCGAGGAUAUAGGUACUGUCAAUAUCAAACACACGUGUCACAACAUCACAGGUUGAGCCCUCUCAAAUAAAACAAACACAUUCAAAACCAAACAGAAACUGCACUUCUACUUGUUCUACCGCUCUCUGCUUUUGUUCUUGUUCAAUUCAACUAAGGUUUUUGUUGUUGGUGAUAUCUAAGUAAAGAAACAGUAAGGAAAAAGAAGAUGAGUGAAAGUACUAUGAAGAUGAAGAAUCAACCGUCACAGUCACACUGGUGGUGGCUUGAUGACAACACCACCGUUAGAAGAUCAGCAUGGCUUCAAUCUACACUUACUGAGCUGAAUGAGAAGACAAAGGCAAUGUUGAAAUUAAUUGAAGGAGAUGCAGAUUCCUUUGCACAAAGAGCUGAGAUGUUUUACAAGAAGAGGCCAGAGCUUGUGAGCAUGGUUGAAGAUUUCUAUAGGAAACACCGCUUGUUAGCUGAACGGUUUGAUCAAGUCAGGCCUGAAUCCGGAAUUCGCCUGCUCACCCCUUCUGCUUCACUUAAGCAUUCUCAACCAGAGAAGUUGGUGAGUUUUGAUGAUGAUCGUGGGUAUGAUAGCUAUUCUGAGAGUUGCGAUGUAGAGGAAUCUGUGAAAUCGGAAAUUGAUGAUCCUGAGCAUGAAGAGGAAGUUCAGUCCGUGGAUGCAAAUGAAGUGAUGAAGCUGACAAGCGAAACUGAGAGACUCGGUGAAGAGAAGAAAACUCAUAAGGAACACAUCAAGCAGAAAGAUGACAUUCUUGAUGAAGUAAUGAAAUUAAGAGAAGAGAUAGAACUACUCAGAAAAGAGAAUGAAGCGCAUAAGGACAAACUCAAGCAGAAAGAGACCAUUAGUAAUGAAGUAGUAAAGAAGUUGAGGGAAGAAAUAGAACAACUGAAGAAAGUGAAUAAUGCACAGAAGGAUGGACUCAAUCAGAAAGAUACCAUUUGUAAUGACGUAAUGAAGUUGAGGGACGAGAUUAAACAACUCGAGAAAGAAAAUGAAGCACAGAAGAAUGAACUCAAGCAGAAAGGUACCAUCAAUAAUGAAGUAAUGAAGCUGAGGGAAGAAACAGAUGAACUCAAGAAAGGGAAUGAAACACUGAAGCUUGAACUGAAGCACAAAGAUGAUAUUAGUAAUGAACUAAUGAAGUUGAAGGAGGAGAUAGAACGACUCGAGAAAGAGAAUGAAGCGCAAAAGGCUGAACUCAAAGAGAAAGAUACCAUAUGCAAUGAGGUAGUGAAGUUGAGGGAAGAGAAUGAAGCUCAGAGAGAUGAACUGAAGCAGAAAGAUACCAUUUGCAAUGAAGUAAUGAAGUUGAGGGAAGAAUUAGAAAGACACAAGAAAGAGAAUGAAGCAAAAAAGAGAGAAAGUUUUAGAGAAUAUACCAUUUGUGAUGAAGUAAUGAUGUUGAUGGAAGAGAGAGAAAGUUUUAGAGAAGAGAAUAGGACUCAGAAGAAUGAUCUGAAGCUGAAAGACAAAGAGAAAAUAGAGGUAAUAAGACAGCUGAGUUCAACAAUAGAUAUGCUGAAGCAGGAAAAUGUAAAAAUGAGAAGCUUCAUAGCUAAGGAAUCUGCCAAGAAAUGGAAGACCCCAUUUGAGUUCAACAAACUUAUUGAAACAUUCUCAGGGAAAUUGCUUAAGGGGAUUCCAAGGAAUAAGCCUAGUAUUGUAGCUCUCUAGAUAUGGUUCAAUUAGUUUAAAAUACUAUAUAGUUCUCUAAACAAUAUUAUAAAGAUGAUAUAUACAUAUGUAAUAUGUUAGUGCCUUA